GAAGCUUUAGGAAUAUACUUGACUUACAACGCCGUCGUUUAAGCAGGAGAAAAGUAAACAAAGAAAAGUAAGCAUCAUCAAAAUUCAUCAUCAAGAUUAAUAAAGAAGACGCGAAAAAGGGUAAUGUUGAAAGCUUCAAAUAUUCGAAAAGAUCACAUAAAGUUGUAAACUACACUCCUUUGAUUUUGACAAUUCAGAUAUGAUCCACUCUCUCUAAUUUAAUUCAUUCAACUUCAUUGCUAAUUGAUUUAUUUCAUUCAUUCGUUAAUUUUUCAAUCAAUUCAAUUUGAGAUUUCUCCCACAAUCGAUCGAUUGAUUUUCAUCUCCCAAUUUUCGCAUUACCUUAAACCCUAAGUUAUCGAUUAAUUCUCUAAAAUUAUCCGAAAUUCAAUAAAAAAUCGAAAUGUCAUGGGGAUUAGGGUGGAAAAGAGCGUCGGAAGUAUUCCAUUUAGCGCUGCAUUUCGGCGAAGAAGCAGAAGAUGAAGAAGAGGAGAGAGAAUCGAUGAUCGUGGUCAACAAUGGCGGAGAUUCGGCGAAGAAAGUAGUGAAGAUGGAGUGGACAGCGGGAGACGACGAAGAUCAGGUGGCGUUGAGGUUACAGUCGAAGUUAAUGGUGGAGAUGCCGCCACCUCAGGACACGGUGGUGGUAGAAUUGGAGGAGAGAGAAAAUGGAGGUGGAGUUGCGGUGGACAUGAAGGUUGUUAGGAGGAGAGAUCCAUUGAGAGGGAUAACCAUGGUUAAAGCCGCCGGUUCGGGCCAGCAGAGUGAUGGCAUUGGAGUUCUCACGAGGUUGCUGAGGUCUAAGGUUGCUGCCACUGCGGUGGCCACUGAUGUAGUAGGAGAUGGAGGGAUCACUUUUUCGGAGCAUUGGAAUGGUGUCACUUCUUUAAGCCUUUGUGGUUGUGGUAUCUCUGUAUUGCCUGUGGAAGUGACAAAACUUCCAUUACUUGAGAAGCUUUACCUUAAUAACAACAAGCUGUCAGUUUUGCCUCCUGAAGUUGGUCUACUCAAAAACCUGAAAGUUCUUAGAGUUGAUGAUAACACAUUAGUUUCUGUUCCAGUGGAACUGAGGCAGUGUGUUGGACUUGUGGAGCUUUCACUGGAACACAACAAGCUGAUACGCCCGCUACUAGAUUUCAGGGCGAUGGCUGAAAUACGUGUUUUAAGGCUGUUUGGAAAUCCAUUGGAGUUCCUUCCUGAAAUUCUGCCAUUACAAAAGCUGCGGCAUUUGUCUCUUGCAAACAUCAGAAUUGUCGCUGAUGAACAUUUGAAAUCAGUGCAUGUGCAGAUAGAGACAGAGGCGACAUCCUAUUUUGGUGCAUCUAGGCACAAGCUCAGUGCCUUUUUCUCCCUUAUAUUUCGCUUUUCUUCUUGUCGACAUCCCCUGCUGGCAUCUGCACUGGCAAAAAUUAUGCAAGAUCAGGAUAACCGUGUGGUUGUUGGUAAAGAUGAAAAUGCAGUUCGGCAGCUCGUUAGUAUGGUUAGCACUGACAACCAUCACGUGGUAGAACAAGCAUGCUUUGCUCUUUCCUCCCUUGCUGCAGAUGUGUCUGUUGCAAUGCUUUUAAUGAAAUGCGACAUCAUGAAACCCAUUGAAGCUGUUCUGAAAUCAGCUGUUGAGAAGGAACUAAUUUCUGUGUUACAAGUCGUGGAAAACCUUGCUUUUGCAUCUGAUGCUGUAGCUCAGAAGAUAUUCUCCAAGGAUGUACUGAAAUCUUUGAAAUUAUUAUGUGCCCAUAAGAAUCCAGAGGUCCAAAGAUUAGCUCUGUUGGUGGUUGGAAAUUUGGCUUUCUGUUUAGAGAACCGGCAAAAGAUGGUUACUUCGGAAAGUCUGCGGGAACUUCUUAUCCGCUUGACAUCCACUGCUGAGCCACGGGUCAAUAAAGCUGCGGCUCGGGUCUUGGCAAUUCUUGGAGAGAAUGAGAUUCUACGGCGUGCAAUCCGGGGGAGACCAGUAGCGAGACAAGGGCUCCGGAUAUUAACGAUGGAUGGGGGUGGGAUGAAGGGUCUUGCAACUGUGAAAAUCCUGAGAGAACUGGAAAAAGGGACAGGGAAACAAAUUCAUGAAAUGUUUGACAUCAUAUGUGGUACAUCAACAGGUGGUAUGCUAGCCGUAGCUCUUGGGAUCAAGUCAAUGACGUUAGAGAAGUGUGAGGAAGUAUACAAAAAACUUGGCAAACUCGUCUUUGCUGAACCUGUCUCAAAAGACAAUGAGGCAGCCACUUGGAGGGAGAAGCUGGACCAAUUGUACAAAAGUUCAUCUCAGAGCUUCAGAGUUGCUGUACAUGGGGCAAAACAUAGUGCAGAACACUUUGAGAGAUUGCUGAAAGAGAUGUGUGCUGACGACGAUGGAGAUCUUUUAAUCGAUUCUGCUGUGAAAAGAGUACCUAAAGUUUUUGUAGUAUCAACCCUGGUCAGCGUUGUUCCUGCGCUACCUUUUGUAUUUCGAAAUUACCAGUAUCCAGCUGGAACUCCAGAGAUGUACCUGUCACCUUCGGAAAGUUCAGCAAUCAGCCUGUCAGGUGAAGACAACACAAGUGCACAAGUUGGGUACAAACAUAGUGCUUUUAUUGGGAGUUGUAAACACAUGGUCUGGCAAGCUAUAAGAGCUUCCUCUGCAGCACCAUAUUAUUUAGAUGAUUUUUCAGAUGAUAUCAAUCGCUGGCAAGAUGGCGCAAUAGUGGCGAAUAACCCUACCAUAUUUGCAAUACGGGAAGCUCAACUAUUGUGGCCUGACACUAAAAUUGAUUGUUUGGUUUCUGUUGGAUGUGGUUCUGUUACAACAAAGGCACGGAAAGCUGGAUGGUUAAUUUGGGACACAGUGCCAGUGUUAAUUGAGAGUGCAUGUUCAGUGGAACGAGUUGAAGAAGCUUUAAGUACACUGUUACCAAUGCUUCCUGAUAUACACUACUUCCGGUUUAAUCCUGUUGAUGACCGAUGUGACAUGGACCUUGAUGAAACUGAUCCUGCGGGUUGGUUGAGAUUGGAAACUGCCACAGAGGAGUACAUCAAAAAUAACUCUGAGGUAUUCACAAGUGUUUGUCAGAGGCUUACAUUGCCAUACCAACAGGAUGAAAGAUGGCCUGAAGGGGUAAAACCUCAAAAUCCAUCUAAACCAAAGUCAGCAAAUGAUGAUAAUGGACCUUCCUUGGGAUGGAGGCGUAAUGUACUUCUUGUGGAAGCUUCUAAUAGUCCAGAUUCUGGAAGAGUCACACAUCAUACAAGGUCACUUGAAACAUUCUGUUCCCAUAGCGGAGUAAGAUUGUCUACUGUAACAGGAAUUUCAAAUUCUUCUAAGCCGGUGACUGGUACCUCAAUUAAUUCACCAUUUGUUUCACCUAUGUUUACUGGAAGCUUUCCAUCAAGCCCGUUACUGUACAGUCCAGAUGUUAAUCAGAGGAUUGGCAGGAUUGACUUAGUUCCUCCUUUGAGCUUGGAUGGCCAUCAGCCUUCAAGAUCAACUUCUUCACCUCCAAAGUCUCCUUCAGGACCCAGACAGCUCUCAUUGCCUGUGCAAUCAUUGUUAAAUAAGCUGAAGAAUUCACCACAAGUUGGCAUUGUUCAUUUAGCACUGCAAAGUGACACAACAGGGGCUAUAUUAAGUUGGCAGAAUGAUGUAUUUGUGGUUGCUGAACCUGGGGAGCUUGCAGACAAGUUUCUACAGAGUGUUCGUUUUAGCUUACUGUCAACUGUUCGGGGUAGAAAGGAGAUGUCAAAACUUAACACCAUCUCAACCAUUUCCGAACUGGUGGCAUAUAGGCCUUAUUUCCAAAUCGGUUGUGUAGUCCAUCGGUACAUUGGGCGACAAACACAGGUUAUGGAAGAUGAUCGUGAAAUUGGGGCCUACAUGUUUAGGAGAACUGUCCCAUCCAUGCAUCUGUUGGCUGAUGAUGUUCGCUGGAUGGUUGGAGCGUGGAGGGAUAGAAUCGUAAUCUGCACAGGAAGAUACGGGCUGGUAAAGCCCUUAAUUAAGGCCUUUUUAGACUCUGGUGCUAAAGCUGUUAUAUGUCCUUCUGGUGAACCUCCUCAAAUGCAAUCAGCAACAUUUCACGGAUCAGGGGAUUUUGAUGUUUUAGAGAGCGGCAAGUUUGAGCUUGGAGAGGAUGAAGCAGAAAAUGAAGAACCAACAGAACCAGUGAGUCCUAUCAGUGACUGGGAAGAUAGUGACUUUGAGAAAAGCACAGAAACAUCCAAGGGUUUCUGGGACCAUGAAGAGGAAGAACUGUCUCACUUUGUAUGUCAUCUAUAUGAAUCCUUGUUUCGCGAAGGAGGAACAGUGCAUACUGCGUUGCAAAGUGCGCUUGGCUCGUAUCGGAAGUUGAGGUAUUCAUGUCAUCUUCCAAGUAUGCCCUAAGUUAUGUGACCUUUGGUACACGUUGACUUGGACUCUUUAUUUUACCUCAACUAUCCAUGUUGGAUUUUAUGCACUGUGACAUGAGUAUGACUUCGACACUUCAUUUGCAGCCAAAUCAUGGAAAGAUUUCUUAAGACUGCCCAAGUUGGGCACUUGGACAAGUAUAUGUAUCAGACACGAGUAGCCCAUCCCAAGUAACAUAGAUACAAAAGUGUAUGUUAAUAGUCAGACAGGAUCGUAAUGAAUCUCAUUAUUCAUAAGACUCUAGGGUGAUUAGAGAAAGCAAUAAGUCAUACAAAUAUGUGAGAGAUUAGAAAUAAGUGAUUAGGCUUAGUCUGAACACCCAUUUUUGGAGUCGUACAAAUUUGUAUUUUUUCCCUCACAUCAGAAUUAUACUGCGGAAAAAUGUUGAUGAGUGUAAAUUUUGAAAUCAUAGAGGAAAUACAUAUUCGAACUUUUACAUAGUA